AGUCAAAUGAAGAAGAAAGAACCAAGAAGAAAAUCUCAGGCAGUUCAGAACUUAGUGCCACAACCCUCUGCAUCUGAGAAUCCUCCACCAGCCUAUACACAAACUGAAACAGCUAUUCCAGCUGCUCCUCAAUUUGCUAUGAAACAACCAAUUAGGAAAUCUCCCAGGUUGACUCAGACUGAACCGGCUUUAAAUGAUCAUGGGAGUCAAAUACACAAAGAAUGCAAUUUGGUGGCAGAGGAAGGACUAGAAGUGGCAGAGGUCACACCAUUGGCACUUAAGAAAGUGCAGCCAGUUAGUUCAAUGAAU